UCCGUUCGAGGCAGAAAGGCCCGUCGGGUGUUAGCCCGGUGCUAGCAGUUAGCGGCAGAUGCCCGGAUGUUGAGAAUCGUGAAAAGGCGCAAAGCCCUGGACACGCCGCUACCGCAGUUAGCGGGCUGUUAGCAAGUUUGGACUCGGUUGCCCUGGUUCCGCAGACCAGAGUUUCUACUCGGGACCAACUUCUGACCGAGCUCCAAAGAAUUACCUUUGUAGAGUCAUUACACUGAAGACAUCGACCCGGUUCUUCCAGAACCCGUUUUAGUACAGUUUGUCUAAUAAAAACGGCAGAAACCUGUCCGUGGUGUUACUGGAUUUCCCCAUCCCAGGUCACGGUCAGAAACGUCUUCACGGGUUUGAAGUUUGGACCACUUAGGUGCUGAGCAGUAGGACGAUGGCAGACGACCUGGACAUUGAGGCGAUGCUGGAGGCUCCGUACCGGAAGGAAGACGACAAGAACCCGAGUCCUGGCGAACAGGAAGAGCGCAACAAGAGGAAGAAGCGCAGCCGCAGUCCUGACAGGAAGCGCAGUCGGGACAGGAAGAAAAGCCGCAGUCGAGAGCGCAAACGUAGCCGCAGCCGAGACAGACGCAGAAGUCGUAGCCGAGAACGUCGGCGCAGCCACAGUCGAGAACGUGGGGGGCGCUACAAAGACCACCACAAGCACCGCAGAAGGUCGAAGAGCAAGAGUCCCAUCAAGAAGGAGAAGAGUCCCAUCAGGUUACCUGUAGAUAAUCUGACACCAGAGGAGCGAGACGCCCGGACUGUGUUCUGCAUGCAGCUGGCAGCCCGGAUCCGACCUCGGGAUCUGGAGGAGUUCUUCUCUGCUGUGGGAAAGGUUCGAGACGUGAGGAUGAUCUCUGACAGGAACUCACGCAGGUCAAAGGGCAUCGCUUACAUCGAGUUUGUGGAGGCCAGCUCAGUUCCUCUGGCCAUCGGCCUGACAGGGCAAAGGCUGCUGGGAGUUCCCAUCAUCGUUCAGGCGUCACAGGCUGAGAAGAACCGGGCUGCAGCUGCAGCCAACAACCUGCAGAAGGCAUUAUGUGGACCGAUGAGACUGUAUGUCGGCUCGCUUCACUUCAACAUAACCGAGGAGAUGCUGCGUGGAAUCUUUGAGCCAUUUGGACGGAUUGAGAACAUCCAGCUGAUGAUGGACAGUGAGACGGGUCGUUCUAAAGGCUAUGGCUUCAUCACUUUUUCAGACACUGAGUGUGCUAAGAAAGCUCUGGAGCAGCUGAACGGGUUUGAGCUGGCGGGUCGGCCCAUGAAGGUGGGUCAUGUGACGGAAAGGACCGACCCCUCUAUGGCUUCAUCCUUCCUGGACAAUGAUGAGAUGGAUCGGACCGGAGUGGACCUGGGAACCACCGGCAGACUGCAGCUGAUGGCUCGGCUGGCAGAAGGCACGGGCCUGCAGAUCCCUCCAGCUGCUCAGCAGGCUCUACAGAUGAGUGGAGCUAUCGCUAUCGGAGCGCUGGCUGCUGUGUCAGCUGCCAUGAACCCGUCUCUCAGCAUGAACAUGAACCCUCCGCCUCUGAGUCUUCCAUCUCAGCCAAUCGCCACCCACUGCUUCCAGCUGUCCAACAUGUUCAACCCCAACAGUGAGAACGCUCCCAGGUGGGAGGUGGACAUCCAGCAUGAUGUCAUUGAGGAGUGCAACAAACACGGAGGAGUCGUUCACAUCUACGUAGACAAGAAUUCAGCUGAGGGAAACGUCUACGUCAAGUGUCCGUCCAUCCCAGCUGCCAUGGCUUCUGUGAAUGCUCUUCAUGGACGAUUCUUUGGAGGUAAGAUGAUCACAGCAUCAUACGUCCCCCUGCCCACCUAUCACAACCUGUUCCCAGAGUCUGUCACUGCCAUGAAGCUGCUGGCUCCACCCCCAAGGUGGUGAUUAUUAACCCUGUGCUGUGAUUGGACACCAACUCUGUUCACUCAUUGGACUUGUUUGACAUCAGGUCUAAAUGCUGUCCAAGGACAAAAACGUCUCGCUCUCUUAUUGGCUGCAUCCUGAUGCCUAGUCACGUGUUCACAUGAACAUGUGACACACUUCCUGUUUCUUUUGUUUCUCAGUAGCUUUCCUGGACUUGUCUCCACAUCACCCUGUUCCUCUACAUUAUCCAGUAAUGAGCUCUGUGAGCUGUGAGGGGGCGGGCCAAUGGGAUGCUGUCUUCCUAUUGGCUGUUUAGUAUUUAAGUGUUUUCUAAUCUGGUUUGAUUUUGUAAAAUUAUUGAUUAAAUGUUAUUUUUCUUGUCACCUUGAA